AACAACAGCCUGAAGUCGCAUUAAGCUCUCAGCGCCAGAAGCGGAAACAGCGCAGCAGUUUGCACACGGAACAGCGCCGAAAAUGGGGAAAAUCUACCAGGUGUGUGUUAACGGAGUAAGGGGAGAGAAGAUGAUGGUCGACCUGUGCAACACCGAGGAGCAGAUGAAGAGCAUGACAGUGGGGCAGCUGAGGGAGAAGAUUGGCAAGAAGCUUCCCGACGGCGUAGGACUGGAACAACUGCGGAUGAUUUUCACAGACAAAGCGCUGGAAGAAGACGAGACACUGCUGACAGCGUAUGGCAUCCAGCAUAUGUCCGUCAUCCACCUGGUGAUCAAAGUUCCUGGAGGUCUGACAGCUUGACAGAGACCAGCGGUGCCCGUUGCUACUGCCACCACCACCACCGCCGCUGCUGCUGAUUCCUGUGAUGGCGGCCAGCACUUUUUACAACUUUUGAAGUCUUACUCUACAACUUCUUUUAUUAUUGUUCAGUAUUCUAGUGUUUGUCUUGUUCUGUUGAAAUAAAAAUGUGUUCUCUCGAA